GACCGAUCCUUCAGGCUUUGUUGAGGCAAAGAAGCCAUUUUGGGAUCUUGCAGCAGUGCCAUAGAAAACACUGGCCACUUACAAACUUCUCCUUUGGAAAUUGCCCCGACACCUCAUGAACGGACUUGGGAUAUAGCAGAUCCUGCUCACCAAUGGGAAAAUGCGCAGAAGCUGGAUUUUAGAGACAUAGUAUGAUCUAGAACGGUGAGAAUGGAUUAUUCCCAUCUUCAUACCUAUGCUCCCCCUCAGUGUCUGCCAGACAACACUGGGUAUACCUAUGCUCUCAGCUUUAGCAUCAGUAGACCCCUUAUAAGAAAGAGGGAGAGUCUGCGGCAUCACAGUUGUGUUUUUCGGAGUUGCUUACAAACGUACCAGUGUGUCAGACAGCUGCUCUGUGAGCUGCACGUGUUCACCAUUUGGAGAAGGCAAACAGAUGUUUCAUGCUCAAGCUAUUCAACAGAAGCCCUCGAUUUUGAGACGGUUCAUAAAUUGGCUCCGGUCUUUGAUUCUCCCAGAAUGUCGCGGCGCAGCCUUCGCUUGAAGACCAGCACAGGAAACUAUGCUGAUGAUAUUCUUAAUGACAGCGCACUCUCUCAGAGAUCUGUAAGGCAGCAACACAACAGCAGCAGACAGUCCUUGUCCAGCCAUCAUUCUGCAUCAAGGAGAUCUAUAACAAAUGCCUCCUUUCAGAGCAGCUUUAACUCUCAGAUCGCUGACACCUCAGCAGUGUCCAGCAUUUUAGAUGCAUCUUUAAUUCGGGAACAGACUGAAGUGAGUUCCAUAUGGGGUCUUGAUGACGAAGAAUUGAUGAAAGAUGGCAACACUACACUGAUUCAAUCCAAUGGAGACUUUAAUUCAGCAGAAACACAGACAACAAUGAUCAAUGGCUAUACGUGCAGUGACUGCAGCAUUGUCUCUCAGAGAAAUGAUACUUUGACAGCGCGUUCUGCAUCUUAUUCUGCAUCUGGAAAUUUUCAUGCAGCAUCUGGAAGUGUGCACACAGCCUGUGGAAAUUUACAUGCAGGAUCUGCAGUCACACAUGCAGCAGCCUCUGGAACUGUACAUUCGGGCUCUGCAAACGCACAUUCAGCAUCUUCAAGCAUGCAUACAUCAUCCACACAAGUUUACUCCAGGGACCGGAGCCAAAAAAACAGAUCAAGAGAAAUUCCUUUUUACAUGCAUAAGACCAUGCUGCUGUUUAAAAAUACUGCAUCAUCUCUAGGAACUUUGUUUGUGAGCCUGUUUCAUAUAGUUAUGCUGAAGCUUGGUUAUGACCUCAAAGCUCAUUUGAAUUACAGUGGAAGUGUGAAUGAGAGCGACUAUUUAAAAGAGAACGCACUUCUCCGUAUAAAUGGAAAAUCCCUGUGUGAUGAUUAUAAGGGGACGAAACACCUUGAAGCACAUACUACUGUCCACACGCAAUCUUCACGGGGUAGAGGGGUGACAGGAACCCUAUGUCACGCCCUUUAUUACACAGGCUAUUUAUUACUACAAGCAGUGCGCAGGGUUGGAGCUGCAGGAUGGUUUGUAUCCCGGAAGAUGUUGUCGUUUCUUUGGUUGGCCAUUGUCUCACCAGGUCGAGCAGCCUCCAGCUUGCUUUGGUGGCUGGGAACUGGAUGGUAUCAACUAACCACUCUGGUUUCUUUAUUAAAUGUGUUUAUCCUUACCAGAUGCCUUUCAAAGCCGUCUAAAUGGUUACUUCUGCUCUUGCCCUUGCUACUUUUGCUUGGGCUUUACUUAUGGGGCUCAGAUUAUAUACUGCUUCCUGCAUUCGGCAGUAUAAGAUUAUUUCCAUCUGAUACGGUUAAAGAAACAGCUGCCAGCCUCGAGCCUUCUCCAGAAAGCACUAUAUCUAGUCCAGGCAUCAAGGAAGAGAGCUUGUGGUAUGAUACUGACCGAGUAAAAGAGUUGGAAAAGCAGUUGGGAUUAAUGGGUCGUAAGCACAGUGACCAUAUGGAAGACUAUAAAACAAUGAAUGUUCUGGUCCUGAAGAUACAAGAGCAAGUUCAAAAGAUGAAUGAUGAAAGCCAUGUGUCAUCGAUUAUUACAAACAUAUUCGAGCAGCAUUUUGCUAAACAGACUGUUGGAAAGAAGGAACCCUCUGUGGAUUCUUCAAACGCCAUCAGCAAUCAUGAAGCGCGUAUUGUGCAUUUGGAGACACUGUUUGAAAAAGUAUCACAGGCUAUAGAGGAAGAUAGAAAAUUAUCAGAGUCAAGAACCAGCGGAGGUGAAAUUCAUGAUCAGGGUCUUCUCAGAAGGCGGAUUGAGAGUCUGGAGGAAGAGUUUGAAAAAUACAAAGCUGCUUUCCUAAACAGACAGACAGCACAGACCAGCUGUGACCUCCCAGACUGCCUUCUGCAAAAGGUGGAUGCAAGAGUUAAAGAAUCAGUUGAAAUGAUGUUUGCCAGCCAGGAAAAUAUUCCAGAAUCCUUAGUGCGGUGGCUGUCUGCAAAUUUUGUGAAUACGGGAGAUUUCAAUAGCAGGCUGCAGGAAAUGGAGCUGAAAAUUCUCCAAAACAUUACACACCAUGUUACCCUAACAAAGCCGAUCCCGUCUACAAAAGUGGUGGAGGCUGCAGUUACUGGGGCAAUAGAUGGCAUUUCUAAAGAGGAAACUCGAGUGAUGAUAAAUAAUGCUCUGAGACUCUACUCCCAAGAUCGCACCGGUAUGGCAGAUUUUGCAUUGGAAUCUGGAGGUGGCGGUAUCCUUGGUACUCGUUGCUCUGAAACAUAUGGGACAAAGACCGCUUUAAUGAGCUUGUUUGGCAUUCCUUUGUGGUAUUUUUCACAAUCCCCUAGAGUGGUUAUACAGCCGGAUAUGUACCCAGGAAACUGUUGGGCCUUUAAGGGAACCCAAGGAUUCCUUGUCGUUCGACUAUCAAGGAUGAUUUACCCAACUGCCUUUUCUAUUGAGCACAUACCCAAGUCCCUCUCACCAUUAGGAAACAUUACAAGCGCACCUAAAGAUUUUGCAAUAUAUGGCCUAGAUGACGAGUACCAGGAAGAUGGGCAAGUUUUACUUCGUGCCAUGUAUGAUCAAGAAGGGGAACCCUUGCAAGUAUUCCAUAUUCAGGAAGACUGUAGGAAACCUUUCCAGAUUGUGGAACUGAGAAUCUUUUCUAAUUGGGGCCAGCAAGACUUUACCUGUCUGUAUCGCUUUAGGGCACAUGGAACACCUGCACAAUAACCACUGUUUAUCUUAAAUGUACAUUUGUAUUAUAAAUAAUGCAAUCCUGGAACACUGGAAUACACACAUAUAUAUAAUAUAUUAUAAUAUUUAAAAUAUUUAAAAUAUGGGCAGCAGUAUUAUAUGCUGCAUGGUCAGUCUUCAUUCAGUCACUGCCAGGAAAACGAGAGAUACUCAAGCAAACCAAUUUGAUAUGCACUUAAACUGUCAUCCGUAUGCUUUACAACUUGUCUCCAAGCUCCGUAAAAUGCUGCAUGUAAAUUACUCAGGAUUAAAAGGCCAGUUAGCGGAAGGCAGCUACAAAGAAAUGCUUUUAAAAGGCACUUAAUGCGAAAGUUCAGGGUUUUUUUCCCCUUCUAUUUGUAGAUAUAAAAUGGUUUUGCAGAAAGUCCAAUUAACAUUACUUUUCCAUUGGUUCUUGAUAUCCUCCAUUAGCCAAUCACUAAUAAAGGCAGCUGACUGUAUCUAGUGGUUUAUUUACCUGGGAUAUAUAUGUAUAUGUAUAGAUUUAACAAACCUAUACUGUGGAAUUCUGUUUAAUGACUGAAACGUAUAAGAAAACAGAUUGUAGAACAUAUUAGUUUGUUAUUGUUCCUUUAAAUAGAAAGAUAUUGGGAUUUAUUAUCCAGAAAAUAGGAGGAAACACACUAACUCUUCAGUAAACUCAUUUUGUUUGUUUAAAAAAAAAAUAAAAAAGCCACAGUAAGAAGAA